AUGUUUGUUUCCCUCUUUAAUGAAUAUCUUGCAUCACAAGCCGGACUUUUUAACCCUUCCUUUGUUCCAUUCAAUGGGAGCUUUUAUAAUUGCAAGAAAAGAAUUGAUCUGUUCAUCGAGAUCCAAAAGACCUCAUCUCGAUUUUUGGAUCUCGUGUUCAAGAGUGAGAACCAAAGCGCCGUUCUGACCGUCGAAAAGGUAAAAUGUUUUCGUGCAUCGGCACGCUCCAUGGCAUAUUACUUCCACUAUCUUUUAUCGCGAAACCAAAAGUUUAUCAAGUUGCAUGCAGAUCAGAUUGAAGAUUUGGUACAUUGGAGUUGGCAUCAAUUUAUAGAUCAGGGUCUUCAAUUUGCUCCAAAACAAGAAUGGCUUUCUCGUCGAAUAUGGGCAGCUAUUUACGCUCCGGCUUGUAGACCAACUCUCCAAUUUCAAGCAAUUUGUCGAGUUGAGCAUCCUUGA